AUGGGUGAAUAUGGCACGAGCUCGGCAGGUCGGGUGGCAGAAGGUAUGAUGUAUAGCUUUCCCAAUAUCCGUAUCGGCCUUAUGGUGGGCAUUGCUGGCGGUGCGCCAAGCCAAAAGCAUGAUAUCCGUCUUGGAGAUGUUGUGGUUAGCAUUCUCCGUAAUUGCCAGAGCGGUGUCCUUCAGUAUGAUUUUGGCAAGACGAUCCAGGGCCAAACCUUCCAGCCCACGGGUUUUCUAGGCCAGCCGCCCAAUAUCCUACGCGCAGCAGUAAAUGGACUCGAAGCCCAGUAUAAGAGCGAAGGAAACCACCUCGACGAAACGGUCCAUAGAAUCCUGGAGAAGAAGCCGCGACUACGAAGGAAAUAUCAGCGCCUCGAUUUGGCUAGUGAUCAAUUAUACCGAAGUGAGGUUAUUCAUCCCGUAGACGGUGAUGACGCUUUGGUUCGAGAUAAAUUAGCUGCGCAAAAAGACGUUUUAUGCUUUGAGAUGGAAGCUGCUGGAUUGAUGAACCACUUUCCUUGCCUAGUGAUCCGAGACAUCUGCGACUAUGCUGACUCGCAUAAGAACAAAGCCUGGCAGGGGUAUGCAGCCAUGGUUACAGCUGCGUAUGCUAAAGACCAUCCCUCCACGCUGACGAGCAUGGCCAACCUAGCCUUCACGUGGGAAUAUAUAAUUGAUUUGCUUCGAACCUACGUGGUCAAGCAACAACGAGUUUUUGGCCCAGCUCAUCCUCAUACUAUGUCUAAUGACAACAUAUAG